GGCCGAAGUUCGUUUCCCGCCCUCUGUACUCACAUGCUUAUAUCUGUCCCUCGCUCGUCGCUGUUGUUUCUACACGCACUUUUGCCAUUUCUCCGUGGACACGCGCAGCUGCAGCCCCGAACCUGAGAAUCAUGGUCCAAGCCAAGACCUGGGUCCUUGUCAAGCAUUUUGAUGGCUUCCCAAAGAACAGUGACUUUGAGCUGAAGGUGGAGGAGCUCCCUGAGCCCAAGGAUGGAGAGGUGCUCUUGGAAACAGUAUUUCUCACGGUUGAUCCAUACAUGAGGCCAUUUAGCAAGAUCCACAUGAAGGAAGGGGACGUGAUGAUCGGAGGUCAAGUGGCCAAAGUGAUCCAAAGCAAAAACCCAGCCUUUCCCGUGGGAAGCCACGUGACUGCCAACGUGGGCAGUCACGGCUGGAGGACCCACACCGUGUGCGACGCCUCCCAGCUGCAGCCCAUCCCGGCUGACUGGCCUCAGGACCUGCCGCUGUCGCUGGCGCUGGGCACUGUCGGCAUGCCGGGGCUGACCGCCCUGUACGGCAUCGAGGAAGUCCUGGGCCUGAAGAAAGGCGAGACCCUGCUGGUGAACGCCGCCUCCGGCGCCGUGGGCAUCGUGGUGGGGCAGAUCGCCAAGAUCAAGGGCUGCAAAGUGGUGGGCUCGGCGGGCUCCGACGCCAAGGUGGCCUUCCUCAAGGAGCUGGGCUUCGACGAGGCCUUCAACUACAAGACCGUGGGCUCGCUGGAGGACGCGCUGAGGAAGGCGUCCCCCGAGGGAUACGACUGCUUCUUCGAGAACGUUGGAGGCUAUUUUUCCAGCGUUGCCAUUGAGCAGAUGAAGGAGUUUGGGAGAAUCGCCGUGUGUGGAAGCAUCUCUGGGUACAACGAUUCCACGCCGCAGACUGGUCCGUACCCUCACUUAACCAUGAUCGUAAAGCAGCUGAAGAUGGAGGGCUUCAUGCAGAGCCGCUGGGAGUACAAACACCAGGAAUCCCUGAAGAGACUGUUGGCGUGGGUGAGAGAGGGUAAAAUCAAGUGCCGGGAGCACGUCACCAAAGGCUUCGAGAACAUGCCGGCGGCCUUCAUGGGGAUGCUGCGGGGAGAGAACAUCGGCAAGGCCAUCAUCGCGAUCUGAGCGCCACGCAGAAACGGCUCCUGCCGACACACGAAGGAACUCGGUUAAACUCACAGAAACAUGUUUGUAAUCAGAUCAGUAGAAACAGCGUGAGCUCAAGUCUCACAGUUUGACAUGAUUCAUAUCUCCAAGCUUCGCCUGGUAAUUAAUCUGUUUUCAAGUUGUCAUGAUUCACAGGCAGUUUGUUGCAUCGAGGGCAAGACCCGGAAAUACCAGUUUGCAUCGAGCCGUGGAAACUUUCAUACUGCAGCAGGAUGCGAUCACGAGACGGUUUUUUUUGUUUGGAGAGCGCUCAGACGUGCACAGAAUAUCAACGCCCUCUGCUCUGCAUUAACCACUGUUUUUAUAAUAAAGAUGAUUUUUCAACAA